CUUCCCAACAAAAGAAACCAAGCAGGCUAGAAAGAAAUUUUCUGUGCAUCACAACCCAAAAUUUGGCCUAAAAAUGAUCCAAAAACUAAGACCUGAGGGUUGUUCUCAAUCAAUAAUGCUAUAUCAAUACUGGUUUCUUUCAUAAGUUUUCAUUUGGACGCAAAUAUACGGAUUUUAUAGCAGCUUAAAGCCGGGUAAAAUGUCUUGUGAUGGAAAUAAGAUCAUGGUUUUCCGUCCGACACGCGCUGAAUUCGCCAAUUUUUCAGAUUAUAUUCGUAAAAUGGAGUCACAGGGCGCUCAUCGAGCAGGAAUAGCAAAGAUUAUUCCUCCAAAAGGAUGGAUCCCGAGGAGAAAUUAUAGUACCGUUGAUGUGGAAAUUCCUGCCCCUAUUCAUCAAGUCAUUACAGGGACGCAAGGUCUGUUUCAGCUCUUCAAUGUUCAAAAGAAAAAGCUGUCCUACAAAGAAUUCAAGAAAUUGGCAAACAGUGAAAGGUAUCGUCCACCAAAACAUGCAGACCACGAUGAACUGGAGAGAAAAUACUGGAAAAACCUGACAUUCAAUGCCCCAAUCUAUGCCGCUGAUAUAUCAGGGUCAAUCUUUGACAAAGAUGUCAAAGAGUGGAAUAUCAGUAAACUGAACACAAUCCUUGACCUAAUUGAAGACAAAUAUGGUGUCAAAGUUGAGGGGGUAAACACACCAUACCUGUACUUUGGUAUGUGGAAGGCAACCUUUGCUUGGCAUACAGAAGAUAUGGACUUGUACAGUAUUAACUAUGUACACUUUGGAGCUCCCAAGACUUGGUACGCCAUUCCUCCUGAACAUGGACAGCGCCUUGAACGUCUCGCAGCAGGUUUUUUCCCCGGAAGUCGGCAAAGUUGUUCUAAUUUCCUUCGCCACAAGAUGACUAUAAUUUCACCUCAAGUUCUCAAGAAAUUCUCCAUUCCUUUUGAUAAGGUAACGCAAGAAGCAGGAGAGUUUAUCGUGACAUUUCCAUACGGCUAUCACUGUGGGUUUAAUCACGGUUUUAAUUGCGCAGAGUCUACAAACUUUGCCUCAGAGCGAUGGAUAGACUUUGGCAAGAAGGCUCACGUGUGCCAAUGCAAAAAAGAUUCAGUAAAAAUUUGCAUGGACGCAUUUGUAGAGAAGUACCAGCCUGAUCUAUGGGAGGACUACCUUGCGGCAAAGAAGAAGGAAGAGGGUAGCGACAGCGAGAGUGAAAGCUCGAGUGAAGAGGAAGAUAGUGAAGAUGAAAGCGGUGAAGACGACAACGAAACAACCAGUAAAAGUCAAAAGAAACCUGUAGCUUCCCGUCGACCAACUAAGCGAACUGCUAGAAAAAGUCAGGAUGUGGUAUCCCCACGUCAUUCCAAGCGCCAGCCUCCAGUGACCAAGUCUGUUACUCUACCGAGCUCACAGAGCAAGCUAGAAGAACUAAACAAAGACCCAGUUCACCCAUCGUCGAGCAAGAAGCGAUCCAUUGCUAUACCUCACAUUGUUGAAGGCCUAGAAGGACUAUGGAACCAUCAGUCACCUUGCUUUAAAACAGAACAAGCUUUUAAUAUGAUCAUGGCCGAGUUAGAACCUUACUGUGCACUCUGUCAGUUAUUCGCCAAAUUGAAGGAGGAUAUUUUAACUCACAUUAAAGAAAAACUACCAAAAAGAAUCAAAUCAUCACCAGAAAACUCACCAAAAACCGAAUCCCCGACCACCCGUAGUUGGCUGAAGCCUUCCAAACCUAUCCUACCGGAGAUUUGUUUCAUGUCGGAGGGUUCAAGCCCGGAGAGUAUGGGAUCGUGGAUUGAUCACCGGAUUUCUAACGAUACUGAAAGUCCUUUACUGUGCUGUGAGACAUGUAGAGUUGUCGUCCAUGAAAGUUGCUAUGGAACCGAUAAUCUGACCUCAGAAAAACCAUGGAAGUGUGAUAGAUGUCGUCAAGACGACGAAGAUGAUAUCAGAUCUGCGCAUUGCUGUUUAUGCUGUGUUCGUGGAGGAGCCUUGAAGAAAACAACAGACAACAGAUGGGCUCAUAUUGGCUGUGCGCUGACCAUUCCUGAAGUAGCAUUUCAGGACAUCGGUAAUCGAAAUGACAUUAAUACAGACAAGGUACCUCAAGGCAGGAAAAAACUGAAAUGUUCGAUAUGUCGUUCAGUAAGCUCAGAUCUUCAAAGCGCAUGCGUACAAUGCUGUGCGGGUAAGUGCGCCACAGCAUACCACGUGACGUGCUAUAUUUUGGCGGGAAAUAAGCUCGAGCCUAGCGAUUGGCCUCAACCUGUUGAAACAUACUGCGAAAGACAUAGUAGGAAUAAAUUUAAGUCAAAAGAACGAGAUUUUUCUGAAAUCAGUUGUGGAGAAUCUGUCAUAGCAAAACAUAAAAAUGGAAGAUAUUACAAGGGAAAAGUCAUUAGCAUGACAUCAGAGGAUUUCUACAUGGUGUCGUUCGCUGAUGGUUCUAUUUGUGAUACAGUUACCCCGAAAGAUAUCGAGGGAUACGAGGACAGACAAGAUGACAUUCCCGAGGGCACCGUAAUAUCCAUUAAAUGGGAAGACGAUACAUUAUGGAAGGCUAAAAUAAAUGGUAGACGAAUAAUUGUGACCUAUCAGAUAAAGUUUGAAGAUGAAUCUUUCUUGGGAGUGCGGCGAGAAGAUGUGUAUAAAGAAGGCGUAGAACUACCCGCUAAAGUACGCCAGAGAAUGUCCAACGCAACUGAAACAGCAAACCUAUCAAGUUGGGAUGACAUGCCUAAGGAAGCGAAGCGAAGACGGAAGACAAACCCUCGUUAUGCGUCGUCCACAUUCACCUAACUUACCUGAAUCUGGUCGUGCAUGGAAAUGGGAAGCACCUCUUCAUGCAUCUUCGUAAAUCUGGCCCGAUUCUUUUUGCGUCUUUUUCAUUAUGAUGCGCACUUCCGGGAUUCAUCUUGCAUGGGUCGUUUAUUGUUGGAAAACUGAGUUUUUACGUUAUUGAGUGUUGCGCACCGGUUCGUAAAGGGAAUAACGCAUGUUGGUAUUUCAUUCCUGGUCGUCUUGCCUUUGCUACUGAAUCAAAAUAGUAGAAAAGAUACCCAUCUGGAGCUAUCUGGGUCGCGGAAAUACAGAAUAUGGAGUAAAGAUAUGGAGUGAAGCCAUAUUGCGUCGUAGAUAGUGAGGUUCAUUUGUACUUUCUGAUUGGCUCAGAUCGAAAGCCUACUCCCGACCCUUGAGUUCUGUCUGUCAUUCUUACUGCGCAUGCUCAACAAAAUGGCACUUCGAUGAGCAUGCGCAGUAAGCAGACAGGGGUCUGGGUCGUGAUUGAUCGGUAGCCCUUCACAGCCGUACCACAGGGCUCCUACUCGAGCAACGUAGAUCUUUGUUUUCCUAUUCCACGUCGCAAACCAUGAUUAUUAUUUAACCUUUUGCUAUAUUUAUUUAUAGCGAGUCUAGUUUUAGAACUUCAUUUUGAUAUAUUUUUCUACGCAUUCUUUAAUUUUCUAAAGAGUAUCAGUUAGUCUUGACUUAUAAAGUCAUCUUAACGUUACCACAGACCCCUUGCACUAAUUCCCACUCUGGGGGUUAAAACAAAAGUACUCCCUUUUCUUGAAAAUAGGACGUUUGCAUGAUGGCGUCAUUUGACUCCCACUACCAUAAUGCUUCGCGAAUUUUCUUUCAUAUUCAAAUUUGUAUUUCCCUAUGAGAAUAGUAAGACAAUUGGUGCUAAUUAACUGAAUAAAAGAAAGUGUGCAAGGGAGUCUGGUAGUAGAGGUCAGUGACGCCAUCAUGCAAACGUCCUAUUGAAUUUUUGUUUUAAUGUUUUUGAUUGUUUUGACCACCAAGUAGAGAUUUAGUACAAAGGAUCUAUUGAUUAUUUGCUAUUUGUUUGAAAUAUCUAUAACCUUUGCAAUUCUAGCAAGGCGCUAAAAAAGAGUACAUUUUUCCGUGAAGACGCAAUGAUGUGCUUAGCAGUUCUUUUAUUGAAGCCUAGUCAGUUUGAACUUGUCAAAGCAAGCUCGCUGCAAAUGCAAAAACCGUAGGAUCGGACAUUAUCUUUUCUCUUGCGCAUGCGUAGGGAUUUGUGGGUGAAAACUAGGCUUUUCUGAUCGGAUGUUUACACUUAGUGUGCAAAAGGCUGUGUCGAGUUGGCAUUAUCAUGGCGAUUGUUUCCAUGACGGCGUCUAUUUCGUUCCCUAUAACAGCCCCAAAAAGCAAUGUAAACCCAACUCGACCCAUUCUUUUACUCAACGUCGCAAUGGCAAAUGAUUUGGAGGCAUAAGUACAAGGUCCUAAUAUAACCUUAUACUCAGGCACCACACCCAUUCCAAAAUCUUGGCCUGGACCUUUCAAAAUUGUUCGCGUUAGUGCUUAGAAAGAAUUGUAUUCUCGAGAAUAGUAUUAUUUUUACUCCAAAAGCAUCCUUAUAGCUCAAGCUGUAGAUGACUUGGAAAUGAUAUUCUACAAGUCAACACCCACCCUACCGAUCAGCUCGCAGUCUGAACUAGGCCUUUAACUUUUUAUCAGAGAAGCUAUGUACUAUUUUGAAUGCAAAUAGUUUGCUGCAGAGAAAUAAAAGCCAUUCAAAAACAC